AUGCCUGAUCAAACUCUCGCAGAAAAAGUAGCCAUAGUGAGCGGCUCUUCCUCUGGAAUAGGCGCAGCUAUUGUGCGAGAACUCUCCUCACGUGGAGCCAACACAGUAGUCAAUUAUCCUUUCUCCUCUCUCCAGGAUGAAGCCGAAGGCGUGAUAUCUUCCUUAUCACCCGCAUCCGAUGCAAUCGCCGUGGAAGCAGAUAUGUCUAAGAUCGAGUCGCCACAGAAAUUGGUCGAUGCUGCCAUUUCCAGGUGGGGCCGUCUCGAUAUUGUCAUCAAUUGUGUUGCGGUCGCUGUCAACAAAUCGUUCGAAGAACAAACGUUAGAGGACUGGGAUCUCCUCGUGAAUAUCAACGGCCGCGGCACAUUUCUCUUGACCCAAGUGGCUCUGCCCCAUCUCACAAGAGGGAGUGGGCGAAUCGUGAAUAUUGCGAGUAUUUCUGGUCGUGGACCGCCACCGAAUCAGACGAUCUAUGCCGGAACCAAGGGGAUGGUUGACUCGUUCACGAAGUGUUGGGCGAAGGAACUGCCUCCAAAGUACGGAUGCACGGUCAAUGCAGUCAGCCCAGGGCCGACGAAGACAGAAGGGUUUGCGGCAGCAGGUGAAGAGCAGAUGAAGAUUCUUCAACCGAUCAUUGAUCAGACUCCUGUUGGGCCGCGCAUGGGACAGCCGGACGAGAUCGCAUACGCGGUGGCGUUCUUGUGUGAAGAGAGGGCGCGAUGGAUCAACGGAGCUCAUCUCAUUGCCUCGGGUGGGCUGUUUAUCGAUUAG